AUGGUGCCCCGGCGGGCCCUCGCCGCGCUGGCGCUGGCGCUCCAGCACGGGAAAACGAGCGCCGCCUCCUGCGACGACGUCUGCUGGGACGACGCCGACGCCGUCGCCGCCUGGGACUGCGUCGCGUCGCCGGAGCCGAUCCAGGUCAUGGAGCGGGACGACGAGGACCACUACAGCGUGCGCUACCUCGACACGCAGACGGGCGAGUACGAGCUCGUCUACGAGAUGGACUGGUUCGACGGCCACGUCAACGGCGCGGCCAUGUACGAGACGCCGGGCGGGUCGUACUACACGUUCGCGUCCAUGGCGGGCUUCCUCUGCCGCUUCGACGCGAGCGGCCAGGCCUGCUUCGACACGCCCCUGGAGUACAGCGCCAACGUCGGCACCAUCGUCGGCAACUCCUACUACUACUCGAAGAACACCGGCGAGGACGACGACGGCGACUCGUUCGUCUACUUCGUCGAGGACAUCAACGACGCGGACCCGACGUUCCACGCCGACCCCAUCCUCGCCAUCGCCGACGACGUCUUCCAGGAGGCCGUGCUCGACGUCAUCCCCCUCGACGAGGCCGCGGCGUCCGACGACGAGUUCUCCGGCGCGCGGGUCUACGUCGACGACGACGACGCCGCGGGCACCUACCUGCUGGGCCUGUCCCAGGACUACAAGGUCCUCGUGAUCCAUCUCGACGACACCGGCUACCCCGACAAGUACGCCGUCCUCGACACGUCCGUGGACUGGGGCGACGCCGAAGAAGGUGGGGAGACGGCCUUUGGAGCCGCGUUCGCGUACCACAGCGCGGACGGCGGCCGCCGCGCGUACUUCGCGUCCAACGACGGCUACGGGUUGCUGGAGCUGGACCUGCCCGUGACCGUGCCCGAUGCGUGCUGGAAUUCGGGGUUGGAUACGUCGGGCCACAGCGCGUGCGCGUCCGGGUCGUCCGAAACGUUGGAAUGGCUCGCGUACUCGCGCGAGGCCUCGAGCAACGACGGCCUCAACUGCCCCGUCUUCUGGUCCGUCUACGCCACCUACGCGCCGACCCUCGCCCCGACGAAGGAGCCGAGCGGCGCGCCCUGCCCGAGCGGCGACGUCUGCUGGGCCGACUUUGGGGUCGACGCGUGGGACUGCGACCUCUACGCGGCGCCGGUGCAAGUCUUGGAGCGCGAGGGCGACGACCACUACACGGCGAACACGCUCGACGUCGACACGGGCGAGUACACGCAGAUCUUCUCCCUGGACUGGUUCGACGGCCACGUGAACGCGAUCUCGCUCUUCGACGGCGGCGACCAUGGCUACUACGCGUUCGGCGAAUUCGAGCAGAAGCUCUGCCGCUUCGACGACUCCGAGGCGUUCUGCUUCGAGAAAGAUCUUGAGCUCAAAGCGAACGUGGGCACGAUCUCGGGGGACAACUACUACUACUCGAAGAAUCUCGGCGACGGCGAGGACGUCAUCUACGUCGUCAUGGGCAUCAACGGCGACGCGCCGCGGUUCCACACGGAGACGAACUUCGCCGUGAACGGCGACCUCUGGGAGGGGGCUGUGCUCGACUUCGUCGCCGUCACGGAGGAGGGCGACAACGGCUUGGUCGUCGACGGCGAGUCCUCGGGCACGUACCUCUUCGGUCUGGGCAAGGACUACGAGCUCCUCGUCGUCCACGUGGACCCGGACAGCGGCUACCCGGACAAGUACGCCGUGCUCGACAGCGACGUGGACUGGGGCGACUACGACGGCGACACGGGCACGACGGCCUUUGGGGCCGCGUUCGCGUACGAGCCCACGGACGGCAAGCUCACGGAGAUCUACUUCGCGAGCAACGAGGGCUACGGCCUCUUCCAGCUCGUGCUCCCCUUUUCCAUCGACGACGCCUGCUGGAACGAGGGCUUCGACUCGUCGACGCACGCCGCCUGCGCCGCGUCGCCGGACGUCGACCUCCGGUGGCGCGCGGAGAGCCGCGACGCGUCGUCGAACGACGGCAUGAACUGCCCCGACGGCGACAUCUUCGCCACGGACCCGCCGAGCCCGGAGCCGUCCUACGCGCCCACCGUGUCGCCGACGCCCGAGCCGACGCCCGUCCCCACGCCCGCGCCCACGCCCGAGCCGAGCCGGACGCCGACGCCCGCGCCGACGCCGACGCCGACGCCCGAGCCGUCCUACGCGCCGACGAAAACGCCGACGCCCGAGCCCAGCGAGGCGCCCGCGCCGGACCCGACGCCGACGCCGACGCUCGUGCCGUCGCCGGAGCCCACGCGGACGCCCGUGCCCGCGCCGACGUACGCCCCGACGGAGCUCCCGUCGCCGCGGCCGUCGCCGCGGCCGACGCACUCGCCGUCGUUCAUGCCCAUCGAGCCCUGGGACUGCGACGUCCACAGCAACCCCGUGCAGGUGCUCCAGUGGGGGGACACGGACGAGUACAGCGUCCGCGAGCUCGACCUGUACACGGGCGAAUACUCCAAGGUCUUCGACAUCGACUACUUCGGGGACCACGUCAACGCCGUCGCGCUCCUCGAUCUCUCCUACGCCGGCGACGGGCCCUUCUACGCGUUGGGCUCCUUCCAGGGCUACCUCUGCUACUUCGACGUCGACCGCGCGGAGUGCUUCGCGGACGCGCUCGCCGAGGAGAAGCCGAACGUCGGCGCGAUCGUCGAGGACCGCUACUACUACGCCAAGGAGCCGGGCAACAACGGCGAGAAGUCCUUCUACUGGGUCGAGGGCAUCGCGGGCUCGAGCCCCGCGUUCCACGACGACGCGCGCUUCGCGGUCUCCGAGGACCUCUUCACGAAAUCCGUUUUAGACGUCGCGCCCGUGACGGAGGUCGACGACGACGGCCUCGUCCUCGACGGCGUCACCGCGACCUACCUCGUGGGCCUCGCCUACGACAAGAAGGUGUUCAUCGCGCGCGUCGACGACGACGGCUACCCCGGCGCGUACGCGGUCCUGGAGUCGUACGUCGACUGGCGGGGCGGCGACGAGGACGACGGCGACACCGCGUUCGGCGCGGCCUUCACCUACAGCGACCCGAGCGGCGGCCUCCACCUGCUCUUCGCCGCCAACGAGGGCACGGGCGUCUUCGAGCUGUCGCUGCCCGUCGACGUGCCCGACGCGUGCUGGAACGAGGGCGCGGACGUCGCGGACCACGUCUUCUGCGAGGGCGCGACGCUCCUGGAGCUCGUCAAGGUCGGCGAGUCCCAGGAGACGUCGUCCAACGACGGCCUCAACUGCCCCUUCUCCGCGAGCCUCUUCCCGCCGACGGCCGCGCCGACGGCCGCGCCCGCGGGCACGCCCGUCGAGGCGCACGACUGCGACGCGCACGACAACCCCAUCCAGGUCAUGCGCUUCGACGGCAACGACCAGUACAGCGUCCGGGAGUUGGACGUGAUCACGGGCGUCUACGAGGAGCUCUACGAGCUCGACUGGUGGGACGACCACGUCAACGCCGCGGCGCUCUACGAGGCCGCCGACGGCGCCUACUACCCGUUCGCGUCCUUCGGGGGCUACCUCUGCAAGUUCGACGCGGCCCACAAGGUCUGCUUCGACACGGCGCUGGAGCACGCGAAGCCCAACGUCGGCGCCAUCAUCGAGGACAACUACUACUACGCCAAGGACGUCGGCCGCGACGACAACAAGCACUUCUGGUGGGUCGAGGGCCUCGACGGCGACGACCCCGUCUUCCACACGGACACGCUCUUCUCCGUCUCCGACGAGCUCUACACCGAGGCCGUGCUCGACGUCGCGCCGCUCGUCGAGCAGCCGGGCGAGGUGUCCAUCGACGACGGCGUCGACGGCAAGUACCUCGUCGGCGUCGGCGAGCGCUUCGAGGUCCUCGUCGUGCGCCUCGACCCGGCGGGCGCCCCCGAGGCCUACGCGGUCCUCGAGGGCGCCGUCGACUGGCACGUCUGCGACGAGGGAGAUGACGAGGACGAGGAGUUCGGCGCCGCCUACACCUACCUGGGCAGCGACGGCGCGAGCCACCUCAUCUUCUCGUCGAACCAGGGCGCGGGCAUGUUCGAGGUCGAGCUGCCGCUCGUCGUGCCGGACGGGUGCUGGAACACGGGCGACGACGUCGACGACCACGUGGCGUGCUCGUCCGGGACGACGGCGGACGUGAAGUGCCUCGGCCCGUCCGACAAGGCCGAGAGCAACGACGGCUUCAACUGCCCCUUCAACACGAACAUCUUCGUCCCCACGUCCGCGCCGACGGUCGGCCCGACGCUCUCGGACGUCAACGCGCACAACUGCGAGCUCUACGAGAACCCGACGCAGGUCAUGCGCUACGACGGCGCGGACGAGUACAGCCUCCGCGAGCUCGACGUCGUCACGGGCGUCUACUCCGAGGUCUACACGAUCGAGUACUGGGACGACCACGUCAACGCCGCGGCGCUCUACGAGGCCGACGACGGCCGGUUCUUCCCCUACGCGUCCUUCGGGGGCUACCUGUGCAGCUUCGACGCGACGAAGAAGAAGUGCUUCGACACGCCCCUCGCGGAGGAGAAGCCGAACGUCGGCGCGAUCCUCGGGUCCAACUACUACUACGCCAAGGACUUCGGGCGCGACGGCAACACCGACUUCUGGUGGGUCGAGGGCAUCGACACGCCGUCGCCCGAGUUCCACGAGGGCACGCUCUUCGCCGUGUCCGAGGACCUCUACGCGGAGGCCGUCCUCGACGUCGCGGCGCUCCCCGAGGCGGCGGGCAAGACGUGGAUCGACGACGGCGUCGCCGAGGGCCAGUACCUCAUCGGCCUCGCGGAGCAGUUCGAGGUCCUCGUCGUGCGCAUCAACACGGCGACGGGCUACCCCGAGUCGUACGCGGUCCUCGAGAGCGCCGUCGACUGGCACGUCUGCGACGAGGACGACGAGGACCAGGAGUUCGGCGCGGCGUUCCACUACCUGGACAAGGACGACGACGCCCACAUCCUCAUCUCGUCGAACCAGGGCAGCGGCAUUUUCGAGGUCAAGCUGCCGCUCGUCGUGCCGGACGAGUGCUGGAACACGGGCGACGACGUCGACGACCACGUGGUCUGCACGGCCGGGUCCACGGCGAGCAUCCAGUGCCUGGGCCCCUCGGAGGAGACGAGGUCCAACGACGGCCUCAACUGCCCCUACAGCGACAACCUCUUCGUGCCGACGGCCGCGCCGACGCUCGCGCCGACGCUCAGCCCCAUCCUGCCCUUCAACUGCACGGCCUACAACACGCCCGUCCAGGUGCUCCAGGUCGACGACGACAGCGACAUGUACAGCGUCGCCAGCCUCGACGUGCUCACGGGCGAGUACGAGGUCCUCUGGGACAUCGACUGGUUCGACGGCCACGUCAACGCCGUGGGCCUCUACGCGCCCGAGGGCGAGGACGCCUACGCCUGGGGCUCCUUCGGCGGCUACCUCUGCAAGUUCGACCACGUCCGCAAGGAGUGCUUCGACACGCCCCUGGCGGAGGAGAAGCCGAACGUCGGCGCGGUCCUCGGCGACGACUACUACUACUCCAAGGACGUCGGCCGCGACGAGGAGCGGGGCUUCUACUGGGUCGAGAACAUCCUGGACGACGAGCCCGUCUUCCACUCGGGCGUCGAGUUCCUCGUCUCCGAGGACCUCUACGAGGAGGCCGUGCUCGACGUCGCGACGGUCAGCGAGACCGACGGCCAGGUCUGGAUCGACGACGACCUCGUCGACGGCUCCUACCUCGUCGGCCUCGGCGAGGCCUUCGAGAUCUUGGUGGUCAAGAUCAACAAGGACUCGGGCUACCCGGAGGCCUACGCGGUCCUCGAGAGCGACGUCGCGUGGAAGGACGGCGAGCUCGACGACGACCAGGAGUUCGGCGCGGCCUUCACGUUCUACGACCCCCAGGGCGACGUCCACGUGCUCUUCUCGUCGAACCAGGGGUCGGGCAUGUACGAGCUCGCGCUGCCGAUCGCGAUCCCCGACGGCUGCUGGAACACGGGCGUCGACACGUCGUCGCACGCCGGCUGCGCGGCCGCGGGCGCGCAGCCCAUCAACUACAUCGGCCCGUCGGACGAGACGGACAGCAACGACGGCAUGAACUGCCCCUACGACCUCGAGAUGUUCGUCCCGUCGGCCGCGCCGACGCGCGGCCCGUCGUUCUCGCCCAUCGAGCCCUUCGACUGCGCCGCGCACAGCAACCCGCUCCAGGUGCUCCAGGUGGACGACGACAGCGACAUGUACAGCGUCGCGGAGCUCGACGUGGCCACGGGCGAGUACGAGGUCCUCUGGGACAUCGACUGGUUCGACGGCCACGUCAACGCCGUGGGCAUGUACCUCGGCGACCAGGACGCCGACUUCCCCGAGUACUACGCCUGGGGCUCCUUCGGCGGCUACCUCUGCGGCUUCGACCUGACGCGCAAGGAGUGCUUCGACACGCCCCUGGCGGAGGAGAAGCCCAACGUCGGCGCGGUCCUCGGCGACGACUACUACUACUCCAAGGACGUCGGCCGCGGCGAGGAGCGCGGCUUCUACUGGGUCGAGGGCAUCCUCGACGACGCGCCGACGUUCCACAACGACGUCCAGUUCGUCGUCUCCGAGGACCUCUACACGGAGGCCGUGCUCGACGUGGGCAUCGUGCGCGAGAUCAACGGGAACACGUACAUCGACGACGGCGUCGACGGCGGCAAGUACCUCAUCGGCCUCGCGGAGCAGUUCGAGGUGCUCGUGAUCCGCAUCAACACGGACACGGGCUACCCCGAGUCCUACGCCGUCCUCGGGACCUACGUCGUCUGGGGCGACGGCGAGGAGACGUCGGAGGACCAGGAGUUCGGCGCCGCGUACACGUUCUUCGACGACGACGAGGACGUUCACGUGCUCUUCUCGUCGAACCAGGGGUCGGGCAUGUACGAGCUCGCGCUGCCCUUCGAGAUCCCCGACGGCUGCUGGAACACGGGGAGCGACACGUCGUCCCACGUCUUCUGCACGGCCGCGGGCGAGCAGCGCGUCAACUGGGUCGGCCCGUCGGACGAGACGGACAGCAACGACGGCAUGAACUGCCCGGACACCAUGAACCUCUUCCGGCCCACGUCCUCGCCGACGCUCGCGCCGUCCCAGUCGCCCAUCGCCGAGUUCAACUGCGACGAGUACAAGAACCCGAUCCAGGUCAUGCAGACGGACGACGACGACUACUACACGGUCCGCGAGCUCAACAUGGUCACGGGCGAGUACGAGUACCUCUUCGGCCUGGGCUACUUCGACGGCGACCACGUCAACGCGGCGGCGUUGCGCCACAAGUCCUUCACGAAGACCGACGGCUCCACGGGCCACAAGUACUACCUCUGGGCGUCCUUCGACGGGUCGCUCUGCUCCUUCGACCGGGGCCACAAGAUCUGCCUGAGCGAGCCCCUCAUGGAGGCGAAGCCCAACGUCGGCGUCAUCGUGCGCCAGAACUACUACUACGCCAAGGACCCGGGCCGCGACGGCGACAAGCCCAUCUACUGGAUCGAGGACGUCGACGGCGCCGCGCCCGUCUUCCACGACGACGCGUCGCUGGCCAUCGCCGACGACCUCUACACGGAGGCCGUGCUCGACGUCGCCCCGCUCAUCGAGACCGCCGACGACGAGGUCUACGUCGACGACGGCAAACUGUCCGGCGCGUACCUCGUCGGCCUCGCGGAGCAGGCCGAGCUCCUGAUCGUGCGCCUCGACGCGGCCACGGGCGAGCCCGAGGCCUACGCGGUGCUCCCGGGCGCCAUCGAAUGGUACGGCGAGCCCCACACGGACGAGGACCAGGAGUUCGGCGCCGCGUUCGCCUAUCUGCGCUCCGACGGCGACCCGCGGGUCCUCUUCUCGUCGAACCAGGGCUUCGGCAUCUUCGAACUCACCCUGCCCGUCGUCGUCCCGGACGGCUGCUGGAACACGGGCACGGACACGUCGAGCCACGCGGCCUGCGACGAGGCCGACGCGGUCACGCUUUCCUGGAUCGCCGACUCGCGCGAGGCGGAGUCGAACGACGGCCUCAACUGCCCCUACAACGAGGAGCUCACGCCGCCGACGCCGCAGCCGACGGAGGCGCCGAGCGAGACGCCGCUCCAGCCCUUCGACUGCGCGUCCCACGGCAACCCGGUCCAGGUGCUCAAGUGGGACAACGAGGACCUCUACUCCGUCCGCGAGCUCGACAUGACCACGGGCGAGUACACGCUCGUCUACGACCUCACGUGGUUCACGCGCCACAUCAACGCGGCGUCCCUCUACUUCGACGGGACGGACUACUGGGCCGUCGCGUCGUUCGCGUCGAAGCUCUGCUUCUUCGACGGCUACCAGGAGCGCAACGACUGCAAGGGCACGCUCGUCGUCGAGAAGCCGAACGCGGGCGCGGUCAUCUUCGACAACUACUACUACGCCAAGGACGUCGGCCGCGACGGCGAGAAGCCCGUCUACUGGGUCGAGGGCAUCCGCGACGACGAGCCCGCCUUCCACGAGGACUACAACUUCCUCAUGUCCGAGGACCUCUUCGCCGAGGCCAUUUUAGACUUCGCGGCGCUCGUCGAGAAGAACGAGAACGUGCUGGGCAGCGGCUACGACGUCGAGGUCGACUUCGUCGUCGACGGCGUCGUCGGCGCGAACUACCUCGUGGGCCUCGGCGAGCAGGGCGAGGUCGUCGUCAUCUACGUCGGCGACAGCGGCGAGCCGACGAAGUACGCCGUGCUGCCGUCGACCUUCGACUGGGACGGCCAGGAGUCGACGUCCGAGAACCAGGAGUUCGGCGCCGCGUACACGUACGUCGACUUCGACGCGACGGCCGACGACCCCUACGCGUCCUACUCCGUGAGCCUGCUCUUCUCCUCGAACCAGGGCUACGGCGUGUUCGAGCUCGAGCUGCCCAUCACCGUGCCCGACGAGUGCUGGAACGCGGGCGACGACACCAGCUCGCACGUCUUCUGCGACGCCGCGGAAGGCGUCGUGCUGAAGCUCGUCGGCGAGUCCGACGAGACGUCGUCGAACGACGGCAUGAACUGCCCCUUCGCCGCCGCCAACGCCUACGUGUCCGCGCCCGCGCCCGCCCCGACGGCCGGCGAGUUCGUCGACGCGCCGGCGCCGACGGCCGGCGCCGAUUGCGCCGACAGCGAGUCCUGGUACAAGAAGGGCACGACCUGGAAGGACUGCACCUGGGUCUCCGAAUAUUCGCCGAACCGCUGCACGGUCGUCGGCGAGGACGACUCGCUCGCGGAGGACGCGUGCCCCGCGGCCUGCGACGCCUGCGACGGCGUCGCGCCGGCGCCGACGGCCGGCGAAUUCGUCGACGCGCCGGCGCCGACGGCCGGCUUUGUCGACGCGCCGGCGCCGACGGCGAGCCCCGUCGCCGCGCCCACCGCGGCGACCGUCGACGCCCCGGCGCCCACCGCGGCGACCGUCGAUGCCCCAGCACCGACCGCGGCGACCGUCGACGCGCCGGCGCCGACCGCGGCGACCGUCGAUGCCCCGGCGCCGACCGCGGCGACCGUCGAUGCCCCGGCACCGACUGCGGCGACCGUCGAUGCCCCGGCGCCGACUGCGGCGACCGUCGACGCCCCGUCACCGACCGCGGCGACCGUGGACGCGCCGGCGCCGACUGCCGCGACCGUCGACGCGCCGGCCCCGACUGCCGCGACCGUCGAUGCCCCGGCGCCCACCGCGGCGACCGUCGACGCGCCGGCGCCGACCGCGGCGACCGUCGAUGCCCCAGCACCGACUGCGGCCACCAUCGAUGCCCCGGCGCCCACCGCGGCGACUGUGGACGCGCCGGCGCCCACCGCGGCGACUGUGGACGCGCCCGCGCCCACCACGGCGACUGUGGACGCGCCGGCGCCGACCGCAGCGACUGUGGACGCGCCCGCCCCCACGGCCGCGACCGUCGAUGCGCCGGCGCCGACGGCAAGCCCCGUCGCCGCGCCCACCGCGGCGACCGUGGACGCGCCCGCGCCGACCGCGGCGACCGUGGACGCGCCGGCGCCGACCGCGGCGACCGUGGACGCGCCCGCGCCGACGGACUCGGACGCGAACGUCGCCGCGAUCGUCAGCAGCGAGAUCACCAUGGAGAACGUGACCCAGUCCAUGGUCGACGACGCCGCGACGACGUCGGCCGUCAUGUCGAGCGCCCUGACGGAGGUGUUGACCAUGGUCGACUCCGAGGACGACGUCGGGGACGUGUCGCUGACGCUCGCGCGGCGGCGGCGCCUCGAGGCCGGCUCCGUCGCGCGCGCGACCUUCACCGUGACCAUCGACACGCCCGCGGACUACGGCUUCGCGAGCGCCGACGACGCGUUCAACGCGCUCAUCGCCGAGCUCGCGGCCGCGGCGGAGGACGGGAGCCUCACGGCGUCCAUCGCCACGUACGCCGAGGCCCUUGGCUGGGCGCGGGACCCGACCGUCGGGCCCGAGGGCAACUCCCUCGAGGAUCUCCGGGACGCGUCCUCCGUCGAGUCCGCCGAGGCGGAGGCGACCGGCGGCGGCUCGUCGGGCGGCGACGACGAGGCGGCGGACGCGGCGUCGGGCGGCCUGCUCAUCAUCAUCCUCUGCGUCGUCGUCGCGCUGCUCGGCGCCGCGGGCGCCUUCUGGUUCUACAACCGCGAGGGCGCCAAGGAGCAGGCGCGCAAGGAGCGCUUCGACGCCAUCAACAACGAGGCGGGCGACGCGGGCGACUACCGCGUCGACGACGACGUCGAGGGCUACGGCGGCGAGUCGCAGGACGACGCCUACGGCGGCUACGGCGGCGACGCCUACGGCGACCGCGCGGCCAAGGAGCACGCGGCCUUCAUCCCCGUCGACGACCAGGCCGCCGUGAAGCCGCCGCCGCCGCCGUCGCCGCCGCAGGCCGCGCCCGGCGCGUUCGACGCGCCGCCGCCCGCGCCCUACGCGGCGGCCGCGGACCCCUUCGGGGCGCCCCGCGACCCCUUCGCCGCGCCGGCGGCGCCGUCCGUCGCCGCCGUGCCCGUGGCGGCCCACGACGACAUGGCGGACCCGGACGGCGUCGGCUUCAACUUCAACGAGCCGCCGUCGGCGCUCGACGCGGACGACGCCGCGGAGAUCGAGGCCAUGGGCUUCCAGCUCAACGAGGACCCCGGGCCCGACGGCGUCCGCGCCGCGAGCGCGACGGAGACCAUAGACCACCCGCCGCUCUUCGCCGCCCAGGUGUCCCGCCGGCCGUCCCAGCAAAUCGGCAAGGACCUCUGA